GCUAGUCGACUGACAGGUUCACCGCAGGUCUAGGCGACAAUCGCGGUACGACGGUACCAGUCGGGUGAACGCUCUCGGUCGUACGGAGUGCGGUAGGUACCAUUUGCUCGGUGCUUGCAGUACGCGACGCGAAGCGCAAAGCUCGUACCAUCUUUGCGAUAUUUCGCUCUCUUUACGGCGGAUUCUUUUGUGGAUCGAAACGUGUAGUUUUUAUGCAAAGUAGUACUGUUUGCUAGGGUACAACAACUGUAAAUGAAGGUAGUACCUUCUUUGCAUUUUUGAAUUGCAGUUCAACCUUCUAGAAGCUUUAUCUUAAGUACUUAAACAUUCAGUGAUGAUAACAUACCUUGUAGGCACUUGGUACUAGAUCAGUGUGGUUUAAAGACUACUGGUAGUACUUGAGCAUAGAUAUAAUUAGAUUUUCAAAGCUUAAAUCGAGUAACCGCAGCUGAACGUUUUGAAUGACAAAGUAUAGGAUUAUUGUGAUACCCUUGAAUCAGUAGUACCUACUUCACGCAGUAUUUUGAAUAAAUAUGGUUACCAAUUGGGCUUAUCGCAGAUUAAACUAAAUUAAAGCAUCGGUACUACUAAAAAGCUCUUUGUGCGCGGUGCGAACUUUGAAUAUGUGAUUGAUAAAGUACUACUCGUAUCGCGCUUUACGAAAAUGGGUGAAGAGGUGGAGCCUUUGCAAACUUUGAAUUCCUUGGAUUGUUGGGAUUACUCUAUCGAGUUGGAAUGCUUGUCAGGAAGUCAAGAUCUUCAACUUGCUGCAGAGCUAGGAAAAACUCUCUUAGAAAGGAAUAAGGAAUUGGAAUUAGCUCUAAAGCAACAGCAACUUACUAUCGAUGAGCAGGUACAAGAAAUUGAGUAUCUUUCCAAACAAACCACAGCUCUCAAGGAGGUGAACGACUCCAGGUUGAGGAUAUAUGAACAGUUGGAGGUCAGCAUACAGGAUUUAGAAAGGGCCAAUCACAGAUUGGUGCUUGAGAAUGCCGCCGAGAAAAAACACAUCAAAAGUUUGAACGGUACGAUAGAAUCCCUUGAAUCGAAAUGCGAAGAGCUCCAAUCCACCGUGGACGACCUCAACCUCCAGAUAGACAUUCUGAAGAGAAAGUCUCAAAGAGCUGCCGAGCAAAGGUACAGCACGGGUUCAACGAGAGAGAGCAUCACACUGAGGAGGGUUAAUAGUACGAGUAGCUCUGUGCCAAAACCAAGGAAGACUGCAGAAACCGUUGUUCAAACCGAUAACAGUAUUUCCGGUACGACAGAUGAAGCAGAUAAUUGUAGUAUUGAUAGCGUUUGGGAAAACGAUGGCAUGGAACAACAACUGUUGGCCCAGCUAAGCAAGAUGAGGGCCCAAUGUAACAGAGACGAAAGAAAAAUCGCCGAAUUGGAAGAGCAACUCGCAGUGAUAAUUCAACAGAACCAGGCGUUAGAGAAUCAAGUAGUACAACUGUCACAUAAAGGAGACCAUAAUACGAUGAAGAGCUGGCAUGAAGAACUGAGCGCAGUUGAAGAAGUCAGACAAGGUCAACUAUGCAGCAGAUGCCUGCGCAAUCUAGACCAGCCUUCAUCUCCAGGCGCCGACGAAGACGACACGACCAUGAUGGACACCCUGAACGCUACAACAGCGACAUCUACCGGAGCCGAUGACGAUCAACGCGACGACUUUCAUACCAGCUUCCACAUGGACGUCCAGGCGUACAAGCAGCUUCAGGGGACGGCCACAGAUGGCGGUGAUGGCGGCUGCGUUGACUGUAACCAUGGCAAUGGCGAUGCCAGCGCCCUCCAACUGUUAAUCGAGCUGUGGCUGCACGUCAGAGACGUCUGCAUCGUGCCCUUGAUCGCUAAACCGCUCAAGGUGACAGUGCUGUUGCUGCAUUACUGCCUCAGACACAAGUUGCACUGAGAGAUCGACCACAAGGUGCUACAAUAGCGACUAAUCUCCCAAUUUCAUGUAAAAGGUUUUUGUCCACUACAGAUAUCGAACUACACUCGUAAAGCGAAAGGACUCCUCUCAAAACGUAUGACAGAUGGGACGCAGUCGAUUUGUCUAAACAUAUCGACGAAGACCCAUUUUCCAUAUAUUUUGUGCGGAGUCCUUUUGUUAAGGCGCAAUGGAUGAGAACCUUAUAGACAUUUUAAUGUACUUACUUUUUCGGUAAUCCCUAUGUGGUUUCCAACAAUCCUUUUUUUUUAAUAAAUGCAAAUGGUGCAAUUUUUUUACACACAACACGUUUUCGUUGAAAGAUUGUUCAUUUGAUUUCCCUAUAAAAAGUUGCGUUUGUAUGUUUUUCCCAGUUUUUUACUUUGACUAGCGUUUCAUAUUCUUGCAAAACCGCUACAAAUCGUGGUAC